GCACCUCUUCUGCACCCCUCUGCACCUCCUCUGCACCUCCUCUGCAAGCUCCCACGCCAAUCCACGUGAUACACUAGACUGAGUCGACGAGCCAUCCCUCGAUACGCCAUGUCGGAUAGGAAACUAAUCAGCUCCGGCUCGCCUUUUGAGGCCCAAAUCGGGUACUCCCGAGCCGUCGUCUCCGGCGAAUGGGUCUUCGUGUCCGGUUGCACCGGGUACGACUACAAAACCGGCCUCAUCUCCGACGAUGUGGCUGAGCAGGCGGAGCAGACGCUGCGCAACGUCGACGAGGCCCUGGUCGCGGCCGGCGCGGGCGUCGGCGACGUCGUCCGCGUGCGCUACAUCCUCCCGGACCGGGCCGACUUUCCAAAGACGUGGCCCGUCCUCCGGGCGUGGCUGGGCGGCGCGAGGCCGGCCGCGACGAUGAUCCAGGCUGGGCUGAUGGAGGAGGUCAUGAAGUUUGAGAUCGAGGUCACUGCGAGGAAGGGCGCGGCUGGCUCUUCGGAGCCGCCGGUGUAGGGCUCUGGUUGUUGAAGGCCGAGAAAGGGGGUUAUGAAAACGUGGUUAGGGGUGGUUUAGCAUCAACAACGCAUCACAAGAGUCCCCGUGAUAUAGGAUGUAAGGAGCAAAGGUCUGAAAAG